UGCCAGGGUUGCAAAGCCCGCCCUCUUUCCACCCCACCAAGCUACCUUCUUUCGCCACAAAACCUACGUGGGGACCACUGGUGUUGGAUUUUCGGCCCACUUCGAGUUUCAGAACCUCUCACUGUGGGCAUUGAGAACCAUCCUGAGAAGAAACAAUGCUGCCCCGAUGGGAACUGUCUCUUUACCUGCUGGCUUCACUAGGCUUCCACUUCUAUUCCUUCUAUGAAGUUUACAAAGUCUCCAGAGAGCACGAAGAGGAACUGGACCAGGAAUUUGAGCUGGAGACUAAUGCUUUAUUUGGAGGACUGAAGAAGGACCCAACCGACUUUGAGUGGAGUUUCUGGAUGGAAUGGGGGAAGCAGAGGCUCGUGUGGCUCCUCCUUGGCCACGUGGUAGUGUCUCAAAUGGCCACACUGCUUGCAAGGAAGCACAGACCCUGGAUUCUCAUAGCCUAUGGAAUGUGGGCCUGCUGGAGUGUGCUGGGGACCCCGGGUGUGGCCCUGGUGCUUCUCCACACCGUCAUCGCCUUCUGUGUGGCCCAGUUCCGGUCGCUGCUCCUGUCAUGGCUCUGUUCUCUCCUGCUGCUCUCCACACUGAGGCUGCAAGGUGUAGAGGAAGUGAAGAGAAGGUGGUACAAGACGGAAAACGAGUACUACUUGCUGCAGUUCACGCUGACCGUUCGCUGUCUGUACUACACCAGCUUCAGCCUCGAGUUCUGCUGGCAGCAGCUGCCGGCGGCCAGAGCCGCCUCCUCCUUUCCCUGGGUGUUGGCCUAUGUCUUCUACUAUCCCGUCUUCCACAACGGGCCCAUCCUCACCUUCCCGGAGUUCGUCAAACAGAUGCAGCAGCAAGAACUCUGCUCUCUAAGGGACAGCCUCUGCAUCCUUACCAGGGGCCUGGGCCGCCUUCUCUGCUGGUGGGGGCUGGCCGAGCUGAUGGCUCACCUCAUGUACAUGCAUGCCAUCUGCAGCAGCAUCCCCCUUUUGGGAACCGUCUCUUUUUGGACCUUAGGAGGACUGGCGUUGGCCCAAGUGCUCUUCUUCUACGUGAAGUACUUGGUACUCUUCGGUGUCCCAGCUCUGCUCAUGCGCCUGGAUGGACUCAACCCACCCCCCCUCCCUCGCUGCGUGAGCACCAUGUUCAGCUUCACGGGGAUGUGGAGGCAUUUUGAUGUUGGACUGCAUAAUUUCUUAAUCAGGUACGUGUACGUUCCACUGGGUGGGUCCCAGCAUGGCCUGUUAGGGACACUGCUUUCCACCGGGAUGACGUUUGCAUUUGUGAGCUACUGGCAUGGCGGUUAUGACUACCUCUGGUGCUGGGCGGCACUCAACUGGAUGGGAAUCACUGUGGAGAAUGGAGUCCGGAGGCUGGCAGAGAACCCCUGCAUCCGGGACAGUUUGGCUCGACACCUCUCCCCGCAAGCUCGCUGUCGACUGCAUGCUGCCCUUGCAUCUUGUGCCACCUCAAUGCUGAUCCUGUUCAACCUAGUGUUUCUAGGAGGCAAUCAAGUUGGGAAAACCUACUGGGAUAGGAUCUUCAUACAAGGCUGGCCGUGGGUGACCCUCUCUGUCCUGGGAUUCCUGUACUGCUAUUCCCAUGUGGGCAUUGCUUGGGCACAGACAUACACCAUGGACUAGUAUUGCCAGGCCCAGGCCAACCUCCAAAGCAAAUGGUACUUCACUCAGACGUCCUACUUCAAGAUAAUCACCAAGGGAUUAUCUCCUGCUUAUCUUCUGUUGAAGAUACCUCACUCCAAGACUGGCAGCUUGAACCCUCAUAGAAAUUUUACAACCAGACUGUCUUCCAACUUUGUGGGCCUUAGAGAUUUUUCUACCCUAAUACUGUCAGUUUCCUGCUGGGUAAGCUGAGACCCAGGGCAGCAGAUCAUCUUGCCUAGCUCUACAAGGUGACAUUUUGGUCUAGAACCCAGCCCCAUUGAGCCUUUGAGUUCUUUCUCCUUUACCAAGAAUUACAUGGAAUGGACAUGUCUUGAUUGAGCACAGAAAUCCUGGUUAGUGAUAGGCCUGUCCACCACUGGGUAGUAUUUCUGAAACAUUUUACUGAUAUUUUGGUGACCCCUUUCCCAUGAACUAUAUUGUGGGCUCUAGAACCAGAAGUAGGUUUUGACUUUCACACAUCAGCUCCUCAGCAGGGAGGUGACAAAGACACCAGCUUCUGAUGACCUGUUCAAAGAAGAUGGAGGCAAUCCUAUGGCUUUCCAGGGAGUCUGUACCCAAGGACCCCUGUGACUUUUGACUAUUCAUUCUUGAGGUUUACAGAGAAGUUUAGACAUGGUUCUUCCUCUGACAGUUAAUGUUUCCCAAUAAAGAAGCAGAAAUAUGAAAGCCAGAGAAUCAGUGUGUACACAGCAGGUGCCACUGGCCAAGUCACAAAAGGUAAGGAUGGUGUCCUGUGGUCAACAUUUUCCACCCAGGUCCCCAGUCACCACCAUCCUACUCAGUAGCUCAUACUCACUGACUUAUGUUGCCCCAUUUGAUUCAAAUGAAAUGGAGUCUUUCAUUUUACAUAGAUAAUUCACAACUUUCUAGAAUUAGAGUAUUUUUGAGGAAAAUGUUGAAAAAUCUUAGCAUAGUUAUAUAACUUGACUCUAGAAAAUGCUGGUCAAAUUACCAAUGUCCCCAAGUGGUAAAUAGCUUGGAAUAUUUUUGUUUGACUUUGAAUUUAUUUGUGGGACAGACACUGAAGGUUUAAAAUUUGGGGAGAAUUUUUAACACCCCAAAUAUAUGAAUUGUCAUGGAGUGACAGGUGAAGGUUUCCUCCAACCUAGCUGGUAUCUCAAAUUUGUUGCUUGGUAUUGUCCUUGGGUCUUGGCUGUGAUUAUCCACUUGGUGAGAGAUAAGUGCAGGACCAAUCAUUUUGUUGACUCCCUUUCUUCCUAGCUGCUCUGCUUGAAAGAGAGAUGGGAAGGAACCAGAUGUUGAUGAGCUGGCAUGGGCACAAUGUGCUAGUUGAAACAGGACAGAACAAAGGGGUAGGCAGACCUGGCUGCAGUAGACUCCACAGCUGGCUGGGUAAACGAGAAGACACACUGCAGGAGAUUCCAGAGUGCUGAGAAGUUUUAACAAGGGAAUGAGCCUCUGGGAAUGCAGUAGAACUUGGAGGAACACUGAGUCAGGAUUUGUGGUCAAUUGGAAGGAGUUCAGUUGAAGUUUACUUGGAAGGAAAGGGCUUGCUAAGAAAAGGAGCAUAAAAAUGAUUGUAGAGAAAUGUCUAAUAUAUGUAGGUAUGUAAAUAAUACAAAAGAUUUUGAGGUCUUCCAAAAAGACCAUUUAUAUAAAAACACAUGUAGUCAUUCACUAAACUAUACUGGAUGAGUCAGUGGAUGUGUCUGAAAGUAAUAAUCCUGAAUUUGUUUUCAGCUAUGAUUCAGAAUGGUUCUUGGGAAUUAGAAAAUCAUUGUGUUUAACUCUAUUUGAUACCUGGUUAACCAAUGUAUGGGUCAUCUAGUACUACUGUUUUCUUUAACCUUUUCCUGCUCCCUAACUAUAAUGUGAAAAUGACAGUACUUCUAUCUACAUGGAUGUGAACUAAAAUCCUGGAGUUACUUUAAACCAAAGCCCCUUGAGGUGUCUGGGCAUGCAGAGCUAUUCAGCUGAGGAACAUCAGAUGUGUCACUAGCCCUGGGCAACUUCAGUCAGGGUGUAGGGAAGAGACUAGACAAGGUCCCAAGGUCACUUCCAGCCCCAGGAUCUUCUGAACUCUACCUGGCUUUAUGGGACAGCCAAGGGCCCUGUACUUUACUGCCAAGAUGACACCCAAGGAGGGAGCAAGACACCUGAAGGUCAGUGAAACCUCAAUCAUUCUGAUUAAUUCUUAGAUCCACAAAAGAAAAGUAUUGUUUUCAGAGUAAUUUGUUUGAGGUGACAGCACAAAACCUUUUGUUCUGUUAAAGACUAGAGAGAAAAAUGUAUCAGACAUAUGAUGAUCUAUGUAUUAGGAGAAUAACAAUUUAGUAUGGGUGUAGAGGAGAGAUCCUCUUAGAGAAAUUGAGACUGCUUACUUUGCUUGACUAAAUAUGAGAAAUCAACCAUAAUAUAAUGCUUUUGUAUUUAGCUGUUAUAGUUUAGAUAUUAGGUGUCCCCCAAAAGCUCAUGUGUGACACAAUGCAAGAAGGUUGAAAGGUGGAAUGAUUGGGUUAUGAGAGUCUUAACCCAAUCAGUCUAUUAAUCUCCUGAUGGAAAUUAAGUGGGUGGUAACUAGAAGCAGUUAGGGUAUGGCUGGAGGAAGUGGGUCCCUGGGGACUUGCUUUGGAAUUUAUAUUUUGAAAGCUGAGUUUAGCUGCUUUCCUUCAUCAUACUCUUUUGCCUUGAUGUUCUGUCUCACCUUAGGCCCUGAAAAAUGGAGCCACUAUCUAGGGACUAAGAUCUCUGAAAUCAUGAGCCCCAAAUCUUUUCCACCAUGAAUUGUUUUUGUCAGGUCUUUUAGUCACAGCAGCGAAAAGCUGACAAAAAGAGACAUACCAGGACUUAGCCAUACAAUAGGGUUUGCUUUAGUGUUCCCAACGUGAGAAGCCAGAUUAUCAAUUAGAAAUGGGCUUCUCGGUAUAGUACUUCUUUCUUCAGAGAAAUAAGAUUUAUUUGGAAACAAAGCCCUCAUUUAAAAAUAGUUGAACCCCAUUUGUCACCCAAAAAUGUAGUAUACAUGUUCCAUAUUACUAGUCCUUUUGACUAAUUACAAAAGUCAUCCACGAAGAUAGUAUUUUGUCUCCAUUAAGGACAACUAAAAAAAUGACAUGUUCAGUACUUCUACUGGGUGACACUUUUGAGAUUAAUGUCAAUCAUUUGCCAUUUUAAACAAUAUCACCCUGGAAUUAUUUUUAUUUUCAUUAUGCUAUUCUGCAUGGUAAUUUAUUAGGAACUGGGGGAAAAUAAUUAAAAAUUUUAUAUUCAUACUGUGGUGUUAUGAGAUCAAGCAGAGGUCAGAGUUUAGCUUGUAUGUCAUAGAUGCCUCAUCCCUGAAUUAAGUUACAUUGUUAAAAGAGAAGUGCCAUUUUUUGAGAUGUGGUCCAUUGGGUAUUAAAUAAGAACUCAGAUUGACAGUAUUGUGGAGUCUUGCCAUGAGCAAGAAAUCAUACCUAUUAAAAUAAUAGCAGAACUGAAACUAUGCUGGUGUGUAGGACUCUUUAGUUUAGGAUAAGAAGUCUUCUACCUUAAUAGCUCCUGAAGCCACCAGUGAAGUAGAACAAGGUCCAGAACUUGUAUUAUUGACACUGAGUCAUUUAGAAAGAUUGAGUUAUAUUCUUCAUCCAUUUUAAAAGGCAGGGAAGCAUUAACAUUUUGUACACAUUUUAAUCUAAAUUGUUCAAAAUGAAAAAGGUGAUUUCUCAGUGGGAGUUCACCUUUAAGUGUAUUAAAUUAACACAUCAUAUAAUUUUCAGUGAUUCCAGAUUGCUGUGGCUUGAAAUUUGAUGCCAUUGUGGCAUUGUUAGGAGGUAGAGCCUUUAAAAGACCAUUCGAUUGUUAAGAGGGACUAAUACCUUUUUUCUGGAACUGAGUUAAUUUUUGUCACAAAGCAAGCCUGCCUUGUCUUGAUGGCACAUACACGCUUGCCUUCCAAUUUCCACCAUGCUAUGAAGCAACACAAGGUCAUCACUCGAUGUGGCCACCUUAUCAUGGACUUCCAGAACCUUCCAGCCUCCAGAACUGUGAGACUCAAUCAACUUCUUUAUAAAUUUCAUUAUAAGUUGUUCUUUUUAUAGCAAUAGGAGUUGCUAAGACACAGAUUUUAAAGGCAACCUUUGUACAUGUGUAAAACAGAUGUAGUUGUACCUCAAGAUGAUAUGGCUAAGCACCUUUAUAUAUGUUCUUUUGCUAAGCAGUACUUCGACAUAACCUUGGUGUCUCUAGAAUUUUAAGUUCUCCAAAACCACAAUUAUAGGUGUCAUUCAAGUUAGAACUUCCCAGAUCUUUUGAAAUGGAAUAGAAAAUACCAUCCUUGCUCUGUCGUCUUAGGUCAGAACACCCAAUUCAAUGAUUUACCAUUAUGUAAGGAAAGGCAAA